AAAAAGGACAAACGUGAAAAACAGGAGAUUGAGCCGAAAAUGUUUGAGUCGAUCCGAAAUAUCAUGCCAAGCGAUCCAGAUCAGGUGGAGAAAGAGAAGAAAAUGGAAGACAUGUCGAAAUCAGAUUCAACCAAAACGCCCACACCACAAUCACUGACUGGAUUGGCAAAGAGUGUAUACAUCGGUGUAUGCAACUUCGCGAAAGCCGAAGAACAGGUUACAAAGCGCUCAGAUUUCCGCGUUUAUCACCAGUUGGCUCACCGACCACUCCUGGAUGAUCUGGAGCAGGAACUACCAUUGAUCGUUGUUUACAGGACUGCUAAUGGCUCCUUCAGACAUUACCCAAUACGACGACGGAAGGUAGGAACAUCUUCCUACUAUUAUGUUGAUUAUGGAGAUCCUAAAGUCCAGACACAUGCCUCCCUCGACCAUCUCGUCCGUUAUUAUCAGAUUAAUGCUCAAAGGCAUCCCGAAAAUGGCCAAUAUGCUGAUCAGUUUCCAUGGUGGGAAGUGCAUUUGUAA